CCCCUUCAACCCGGUCAUACUCUGGGUGUCAACUUGCCGCAGGCUACGUUAAACAACGUAUUAUGGAUCGCAACAGUAUAAACAGUGACUUAUUGCUAACAACAGACAAUCAAGGCCGUGUCAGCUACUGGAGAAAUGUCUGUGGUUUCUGGUGCCUCGGCUUGUGUAACAACUUCGCCUACGUCGUGAUGUUGAGCGCAGCGCACGACAUUCUGAAGCAGCAAGAAACCAACAACACGCUUCCGACUCCUCCCACAGCCAUCCAUCUUUUCCAGUCUCAUCACAACAGCAGUAACAGCAGCGGCCACUACGACUGCAACCCCACAUCCACCGCGGCUGUUUUGCUGGCUGAUAUCCUCCCUACUCUUUUCAUCAAGCUCUUCGCGCCCUUCUUCAUUCAUGCAGUGCCUUAUGGGUUCCGUGUGCUGGUGUGCAUUGGCUCAGCUACUGCCAGCUUCCUGGUGGUGUCUUUAUCCACGUCGGUGGGGAUGAGCAUUCUGGGUGUGAUCUUUGCCAGUGUGAGUUCAGGACUUGGGGAACUGUCUUUUCUGGCACUGACCGUCUACUUCGACAGGGCGGUGUUAAGUGGGUGGGGCUCGGGUACAGGGGGGGCAGGAGUGGGUGGAGCUCUGUUGUACUCGGCGCUGACGCAGUCCGGCCUGACGCCCCAACUGACCCUCCUCAUCAUGCUGCUGGUGCCCGCCCUGAUGGCCGCCAGUUACUACUUCCUGCUGGUGUUUCCUCCCUCGUUCCCCCAGUGGAGCAGAGGGGAGGCGGAGCCAUCCGUGUUUGUGGGAGGAUCCCCUCAAGAGUACCGCCCCCUGGUGGAUGAUGAGCAGGAGGACCAGGAGACGAGCGAAACCACAGAGUCGGAGAAAACAGGAGCCCUCAGCUUCACCGAGAAACUCAUCAUCCUCAAGGGUCUGCUGUGGUUCAUAGUGCCUCUAGCAGUGGUCUACUUUGCUGAGUACUUCAUCAACCAGGGGCUGUUGGAGCUGUUGUUCUUCCCAGACAUCUUCCUCUCCCAUGCUGAACAGUAUCGAUGGUAUCAGACUCUGUACCAGGCUGGUGUGUUAGUCUCCCGCUCCUCUCUCUGCUGCCUGAAGAUCCGAUGCAUCGGGGUCCUCUCUGCACUGCAGUGUGUGAACGCAGUGCUGCUGACGUUGGCGGUGUAUUACCAGUUCCUGCCGAGUGUGUGGAUGGUCUUCAUCAUCGUCCUCUAUGAAGGACUGCUAGGGGGAGCGGCCUACGUCAACACCUUCUACUACAUCAGCAAAGAGACGGGUGAUCGUGAGCGUGAGUUCUCCAUGGCUGCUGCCAGCGUUGGGGACAGUCUGGGCAUCGCCCUCUCUGGAGCUACAGCUAUGCCUCUACACCACCACUUCUGCUCUCUCUAACACACACACACACACACAGCUAUGCCCCUACACCACUACUGCUCUCUCUUAACACACACACACACACACACACACACAAAGGUCAUGUGGGGGUUGUUGGCUGCUAAGUGACUAACCAGGACCAAAGCCUUCAUGUCCCUCCCAGUGUUGGCUGCAGAGGGUUUGUUUUUAUUGGUGUUUACUCUUCUGUUGUGUAUUUGUGUUUGUAUUUGUACCAAACUGACCCAGAGCCGAGAGCAUGUCGGGAUCCUACACCUUUUAUGAUCGUUACCUUACUGACUGACUGUGUGUGUGUGUGUGUGUGAGAGUGCGUGUGAGAGAGAGAGAGUGUGUGUGUGGUGUGUGAGCGAGAGAGAGAGAGAGAGAGAAAGUGUGCGUGUGUGAGAGAGUGUGUGUGUGUGGUGUGUGAGAGAGAGAGAGAGAGAGAGAGAGACCUGCUGCUUUUAGGUGCUUUAUGUGCUUCUCUCUGUGUGUGUGUGUGUGUAUAGCAUGAAGCCUGAUUAUGUGCAUUAAUGCCCCAGUGUGUUUCUAACCUGAGUGCCUUUUCAUCUAUCAUGAGCAUCACACACACACACACACACACCACCUCCUACACACACAUACACACACCACCUCCUAUACACACAUACACACACCACCUCCUACACACACACACACCACCUCCUACACAUACAUACACACACCACCUCCUACACACACACACACCACCUCCUAUGGUACACAUUAUGGGAACUGACUUUAAACUUUGAAAUGUUGAACAUUCAAUGUUUUGGAAAUCAAAGAGUGAAAUAAAUUAAAUAACUCAAA